AGCGUGAGUAAUGGUUGAGCACGCGGAGCAGGACAACGAACUGGGCAGUGAGAGUAUUAAAGCUAUCGCUGAAAGUGUGGGUGUUAAAGAUCUUAAUGGGGACUGCACAGCUUAUCUUGCCAAGCAGGCGCUUCUUCAGGCUAGAACGAUACUGCGAGAUGCUCUCAAGUACAAGCUAAUGACGCACUCGGUAGAGUUGACGACAGAUCAUAUGGAGCGAGCUAACAAGCGCCCUGUCCCUAUCUACGCCUCUACUGGCCAGAAACCUAGGAAAUACUGUAUGGCGACCUCUAGAGGUCGGGAGAUAUACGGAGCUCAGGACGAGGAAGUCGAUCUGGAUACUAUCUUAUCAGCUCCGCCACCCAAGGUACCGCAAGAUGUGCAGGUGAAGGUGCAUUGGCUGACUAUCGAAGGUUCGACCCCAACUAUUCCGGACAACCCGCCUAUGGAGGACGACAAACUUGUUAUCGACGCUCCAGUAGUCUCAAUAGACAACGUAGAAGCAGUAAACUCGGUGGCCCCACACGAAAUUUCCAGAGAACAGCAACUAUAUUUCAAAGAACUGACCACAAAGUGUAUAUCAAACGAGAAGCAAGUACGAGACGAAGCAGUUCACAGUCUGUCCACAGACCCUGGUCUGGCAGCAGUCUUGCCGCGUCUCACUGUCUUUAUAAUAGAGGGCAUACGUGUUGGCCUGGGUGACUGCAAGAUGUACUAUAUUCAAUAUAUGUUAGAGAUGCUGGAUAAUCUACUACAAAACAAGGCGAUAAGGCUGGAGAAGUUUCUACACGAUAUCAUUCCAUCAGUUAUCAGCUGUAUGGUUUGCACCCAAAUAUGUGGUCGACCCCUCGAACAGGACCACUGGUCAGUACGAGGGUUUGCCUCCAGGAUCCUAGCAGGACUGGUCCGGUCCCACAACCUGGGAACUAACCAGAUCCAGAGUAGGGUUAUUAAGAUGCUGCAUCACGCUCUGGAUAAACAGAACUCUGGGCUCGUAUCCACUUUCGGAGUGCUAGCUGGUUUGUGUGAGCUGGGUUCGUUAACAAUCAGCACGAUAGUUCUUCCUGAGAUACGGAACAUUUACAGGAGAGUUGAACUAAAGUGUGCCACCUCCCAAGAUCCUAUAGACAGGCAUGCUAAGGAGAGGAUAAAGGAACUGUUAGUGCGGAAAUGUGCCCACGUGGUUCAGGAACAUCUCCCAGAGCUUCUCAGGUACAAUUUGCUGGUUUAUUCGUUUGAACAUCUCCCAGAGCUCCUCAGUGUUGACGACUACGAGCAGAAGUUUGGUGACAUAGGACGUGAAAUGUUUUACAAGGUCAUGAGACCUACUUCUCACAUGCCAAUGAUGAAAUAAUUAACAGGAAUGUUACUCCUCCUUCCCUCUGGCCAGCCGUAAAGAGAUUUUUUGAUUCUGGGACUGAAUAUUCCCAACAUUUUGAUGAGCUAUCCUUUUUAAAUUAUAACAUUUUAUUUCAUCUCUGUUCUCUAUAUUUGAUAAAUUUAUGAGCGAAUGUUUUUCAUAACGUUUGACGUAUUGUAUUAUAUAUAUUCACAGUUC